UUGAUUAGGGCUCCAUCGCUUUCCUUCUUCCACGGGAGAGUUAACUCACCGCCUCCAUUUUUGUUAAUCUUCAAAGUGUCUCUUCUCAUCUCUUCACCUUCCCUAAAGUUCAAUGUCUUCAUUUAAUUUACCAAUAAUUGUUAUUCACAUUGAAAUUUUGUAACGAUUCCGACCUCUUCGUUUCUUCAGCGUCAAAUCUAUAAAUACGCAAUGGUUGAGAGUUUGAUAACCUUCACAAUCACAUUCAGUCUAUAUCCUUUAUCGAGCGUAGAGAUAUUCUGAAAAAAUGUCUUCCUCUGAUGAUGUUGUUGCACAAUGCGCCUUCAACACUCUCCGAGACUCGGUAGCUCUGUCCAGAUCAUUGUUGGUCGUCUACUCCGUUUUUGGGACUCGAAAAACAUCAAGAAGAAAGGUGAAAUCAUGGGAAUCACUCUACUCCUCCUUGAUGAGAAGAAUUCGGAGAUUCCGAUGCUGCAGCUUUGAUAUCAACUUGACCUCGUUCUUGAACUCUACCAUUCCUUGGCCUGUGUUUGUUGACAACCUCUUCACAGCUAUCUUCAUACCAUUCUCCAACACUCCCUGAAGAUAAACAAAACAACUUGUUACUAAACAUUGUUUUAUGCCCUAUUUUAAGCAAUCUGCAGCAGAUUUUUCAUUGUUUUAGUGAUGUGUGAGUCUUCGCUCACAUUCCGUAAUAACUGCUCUGUUUUUUUUUUCAGGAAACUGAAAACAGAGGAGCUGCGGAGCUCAAAGAACAACUCGACAAUGGCGGCGAAAAGCGGUUUCAGUGGUGAGAGUUAUGGACCACCCUUUCGUGAUCCGGUUCAUCCCCAAACAACCAUUGAUGAAGUUAUCGAGAAUGAUUAUGUCAUCAACCUACAAAUAUGGUUAUUAAGUAUGCAUUAUGGUUUUAAAUUAUUAUUUUUAAUAUAAUUUAUCUCUGAUAAGUUAAAAAGGGUAUACCUCAUGAGCAGGACAGAGAAGGACGAUGUUUAUCCAAACGCAAUCUACUCAGAAUCCUUCUUCUCUAAUGUUUUAUCCUGGAAAACAAGUAGAGAUCGAAAGUGUUGAUUUUUCUAACGUUUGUUCAGCUUUAGGUUCUCCAUUAACCAAGUCCAUUUACUUCAUCGAUGGUGUGGUUCGAGUUUUCUUUGGGUCAGAUUUCGUCACUGUGACAGUCUGAUGAUGUAUCGUGGGAUAUACUAAAGCCUGAGAUAUUUGCAGCUAUCAUGGAUUUCUACUCUUCUUGCCAGCCUUUGUUUCUGGACUCGCAAGCUGCUGCUGCCAAGGACACAGCGACGAAUCAAAGAAGAACUUUUGGAUUUUUAUAUUUUUCUCGGUUUUGGCGGGAAACGCAAUUUCUCGGUUUUGGCGGAAAAACACAAUUUCUCGGUUUUGGCGGAAAACGCAAUUUCUCGGUUUUGGCAAGGAAACAUAAUUUCUCGGAUUUUGACGGGAAACACUAUUUUUCGGUUUUGGCAGGAAACACAAUUUUUCGAUUUUUGCGGAAAAAUGAAAUUUCUCGAUUUUGAGGGGAAAACAUAGUUUUACAGUUAUGACAAAAAAAUACUUUUAUAAUUUUGGAAAGUAAACAUAAUUUCAAAAUUUUAGAAAUAAAAUCUAAACUAAUAAUUAAAAAAUAAUUAUAAAUAUUAUUGAGUGUCCAUGGGCAUUGCCCAUUUGGACAUGGUCUCUAUUGGUCUUAGAUAUUUGUUUGGACCAUUGUCCAAUAUGGACCACCCAUUACUGCCCAAAACUGAAAUGGUCCAAGUGGUGAUGCCCAAUUGGGACAUGGACGGACCAUUCGACAGCUCUAGUUGGCCUUACAGUGAGAUUUUUCAGGAAGAACACAGUGGUGACCACUUGUAAGAACAGUGAUGAAGUUGAUGGGUAGCCAGGUUCUGCAGACCUCUUUGUUAAAGUCAGCAUGGAUGGUGCCCCUUAUCUAAGGAAAGUUGACCAGAGGAGAUACAUUAACUACAUGGAACUUUCUUCAGCCUUGGAGAAAAUGUUCACCACUUUUACUCUUGGAAAGGAUAAGCUCUGUGAGACCAAACUCAAGGAUCUUCUGAAUGGAAAAGACUAUGUGCUCACUUAUGAACACAAUUAUGGAGAUUGGAUGCUUCUUGGAGAUGUUCCACGGGAGAUGUUUAUUGAUGUCUGCAAGAAGCAGAAGAUAAUGAAAGGCUGUGAUGCCAUUGGAUUAGCUGCAGCUCCGAGAUCAAUGGGGAAAUCGAAGAUGAGAGCUUAUAAUCUGGAAAGAAAGUGAUUCAGAAGCUUUCUAACUAAUACAGAAUAUGUGUGGUUGAGACUAUCCCGUUUGGUUGUGUUUUUUAAUUUCAAAACAUCUGUAGCUUCUGAAAUUUUUUUGUUUUAAAUAAAAACUACAUAGGUAAGAAUUGACUACGUUUUAGUGGAACCAGUAAACUGGUCGCCGUUUCCACGAAUUAAUAUGAUCUCUCUAUUUUUGACU